UUGUUCAUACAUUCAUUAUACUGUUUGUUUUGAAUAGAACAGUGAAGUCUAACACUGAAUUUAACUAGCUUGUACAGUUUUUUUAAUGCCUUGCGUUAUGUCCUGAGUUCAUCAUGAAGCAUUUGAGUGAAGAGGUUGUGGUGUAAAAUUAGCUCUUAGCUUCAGGCCUCACAAAACAUGGAGGUGUCCAACUGGUGUCAUAUUACACACCAUAGCGCGCUUAUAGUUUAUCAUCUAAACACGGCUGGUCUUCAUUUAUCUUCUUUUGCUGUCUUAAAAAAGAGAAAUAAGAAAGUCUUGUAAAGGCUGCGAACUCUCCUGAAAAGGAAAAGAGACUGUUUUUUUCUGGUUUUCUCACUGCGUGCGAGAGCAGAGCUCGACAAUCAUUUGCAUUCUAUUUCGAGCGCGCUGAGUAAGACGAACCGAGCGCACUUGCGAUGGUCCCAACACGAAGCUGCACUGCUUUCAAUAAAAAAUUUAAAUCACUUCCACGGUUUUAGACGAACAAAAUGGAGUCUCAUGCGCAGGAAGAAAAUGAGAGUACUUUGCCGGAGAUUCAGGACGACGGGACUGAGGCAACCAACAUUGACGACGACGAAGUUGAAGAACUUCAUAACAGUUUAAAGGAAGUAGUUGACGAUCCGGCCGUAAAGCCCAAGUUCCAGUGCCUGAUGGUGGACCCGUCGUUCUCCAUGGUGACUGUACAGAGCGAGGACAGUGGGAUUGUGUGGGAGACUGCGUCAAGCAGGUGCUCAACCCCAUGGGCAUCAGAAGCCAGCUCUCCAUCAGAUUCAUACAGCCUGGAGGGUUCAGGGACACAGGGUAAUAUAGUCAUCAUUAUGGAUGAAGAUAAGGUGAAAAGAAGGAAAAAAACAAGCAGUAGAGGGAAGUUGGGUGACAGGUUUCGCAGACCAGGCUCCAGAUUGUCAGGCCCUGCUAUAGGAGAGGAGAGACCUGCAAUGAUUGAAGUCUCUGUGCCAAAUAUAAGAUGUGAAGAUUCAGAGAAUGGUCAAACAGCAGAGGGAAAACCAGACAAGGAUCAAGAGCUAUUUAACUUGAUUUCUGAGGGUUUUGAAAUCCUCAAUAUUGUAGUACCAUCAAAGCUUCCUACAGUGGAUGAGGAAUGCAGUACAGAAUUGCCAGACAAUUUGUCCUACUUGGAGGACACGCCAAAGAUCAAAACAAAGUGCACACAUGAAAGCUUAGCUCCCACCACCAUUCCUAAGGACACAGACAUUGAAAUUCAGAAAGUAAAAGAAGACAGUCCCACAGACUUAUCUCAGACUUCUGCUAAUGAGCAGCUCAAGAAAGAUGAAAAUGAUAUGGACUACUUAGAGAAAUUCACACUGCUAGAUCAACAUGCACCAGAUGAUGAGUCUGAGAAGCCUGGGCCUACACAGGAUAUCCAGCAAGAGGAGCCUAAGGUGCCAGAACAAAAGGUGGAGGACACAGUUGAUGAGAGUUCCUUUGUCAUUGUCACUGAGGUUGAAAUCGCAGAUGAUCAUCUAGAUGAAGUGUUUUAUGGAGCAAGUUGCAAUGCAGAACCAUCAAACCAUAAAGAAAACAAAGCACAUGCAAGUGGGAGCUUUAAAAUACUCAAAGAGUGUGGUUCAACUUUAUUUGACAGCCAGGAGACUAUCCUUACUCCGAUUUUCCUUCCCCCUGGCCCACCCAAGAUCAUAGAUCAAGAACUCCUAGAUGAGCCACGAGCAUUGUCGUUCCAUUACUCAGAUCUUUAUGAAGAUGCUCUUGGUGAUAGAAAAAAUGAUGACACCUCAGACAUCGAAAGUGUUGUUUCAGAAAAGUCAUUUAAAAGACGUUAUUCUGAUUCAGAUGAAGGAGAUGGCUAUCUGGAGAAAUUCAUAUUGAAAGAUGACACUCCAGUGGUUGAAGAUGUACAAGAGGUUGACACUGCACCCAGUGACAGAAUGAUAUGGCCAGAAAGUAAAUUUGAAAUGACUGGAUGUUUAAUACGUGUUGAGGAUGAUGCUCCCCAAGAAGAGGACGUUGGUGCCGAUCAAGCUGAGUUAGAGAGCAAACAUGAUGUAAAAGAUGAAUGUCAGCCUUCAUAUUCGUCAAAGGACUGUGAAGAGUGUGAUGGGCUGCAAACUGGCUGUGUAACAGUUAAGUGUGUUUCAGAGAAUUUACAGGGAUGUGAAGAUUGUGACAUGAAAACUGGUUGUGCGUCCCGAAAAACUGUCUCAUCUGAUAAACUUCCUUUAAUAAAAGAGCUGCAUAAAACAGCAAAUCAGGAAGUAGAUAAAAUGUUAUUGAUAGAGGAUGGAAAACAAAGUGAAGUUCAGGAAUUAAAACACAAGGACAAACAGAUUUCCAGUGAUUUAGUAAAAGAAAAAGUGACUGGACUGAAUGAUAAAGUUGAGAUUCAAGAAACCAUUAGUAUUACCAAGGAACAAGCACUGGGCAAGGAUCAGCAAGUUACAACUACAACACAAGAAUUAGGUAUAACUAAUUUAGUGAAAGAUUUUGAUAUAAAAUAUACAUCACCAAAAAGUACAGCUGAAGAAACAGGAAGCGAACUUCAAGAAGAAAUCGGUCAAAAAAAGGUCUGUGAAUCAGAGAAAUGUGAAGAUGAGACCAUGAAUUUUGGUGAAAAAAUGAUAGAAUGUCAAGUGAAAAUUAGUAAAGCAGUAAAGGAGAUACCUGCUGUAGAUGAAGUCCUGAAAGAUACUGCAGGGAAGCAGGAGCAAGUCACUGACAAAACUCUGGUCCCAGAAGUGGAAGAUAUAAACAGUGAAAUCAAAACUACGCAGGAACAGAAACGUUUAAAUGAAGCAGGUACGACUGAAGAGAAAGUUGAAGAAACCAAGGUUGAGGCUACAGAAAAGCUAAAAGAACCGACUGAGACAGACACAGUGCCGGUGUUUGAUAGAAAGACUUCAGGUACAGACAGUGUAACACCAGAGAAGAAAGAAUCUGUCUUUACACAUGGGAAGAAAGAUGAUGAGACAUACUUAGAGUUACCAACAGGUGAUGAUCUCAGAGAGAUCUCAACUGAUACCAAAGAGCCUGAAAGUGAUGUUAUGUUUCCUCCUGCUCCUGAGAUCACUGAAAGGGAUCCAGCAGCCGAAGUGGUUGACGAGGAAGGUGGCAGGGAAGAGAGCCUAGAGUUAGCAGAUGUUUUAAGUGAUUCACAUGCUGAGAUUGAGAUGAUUUCACUCAUUCCUGCUAAGGAACCAGAUGCCUCAUCCAAAAUGACUGUGCCAGCCACUGUAACUAAGGAAGAGAUAAUGGAUGUAGUGAUAGACAGAAGUAAGUUAGAGACCAUAAGUUGUGAGGCCCAUAAGCCUGUACACCAAGUAGAUAUGAACAAAGUAGAUGGUGUCUCUAAAGUGUCAGUACAACAAGUGGAAGGAGAAAGUAAAAGUAAAACCAAAAAAAUACUUCUAAAGGAUACACACAAAGAAGAGUUCUGGAGAACUCUGGAGCCUGCAAGUCCUUCUUCUCCAAUGGAGAUGCUGGACUCAACAAUGAGGGUUUCACCUUUAGAAGAUGUAGAUUAUAUUAAAGAAAGUGAUAACUUUGGCAUGGAUCGAACCAUAAAAAGAGACAAAAUCCCCUUUUCAACUUUACGUAGUUUCAGCCCACUGGAAGACCUUUCUGGGUUUGGCCGUGAUUUGACAGAGCCUGGUUUGCAAAAGGAAAUUUAUGAGGAGCUAGAUUAUGAGAUGGUCACUGAGCAUGAUGCAAGGCAGUCAGAGACUGAAGUAACUGUAGCUAAAGAAGAAUAUCUGGAACAUGGCCAGGAUCAAUCUCAAGAGCCUACAUUUGAGGCAGACUAUGAAUUUAUUGAGGACUUGGAUAGCACCCAAAUGUCAGAGCUCAGUCAAAUGAAGGAAAAAGUAGAAAUUCAGCCAAUGGAUGCAUUUUGCCUCGUCUGUCGUUGCCCAAUCUUAUUGAGUGAUGGUGGCCACGGAAUUCAUGAGGUGUCGACGUUGGAAAAAGCAUUUGUAGACAUUAAGAAUCAGUUGAGUAACUGCAUAUCGGUUCUACAAGAAAGAUCAGAAAACAUUGAGGAUAUGGUUUCUGAACUUGAGAUGGCGUACAACUCUGUGGAGGAGCAAUGCGAGGAUGGUGAGAAAGCUCUGGAUGAGCAAAACAAGGAGAUGAUGAAGCUGGUGAUGGAGAGGUACAAUGAAAUGUCUCAGGCAAUGGAGGAGGAGAAAAAGGCCAAACUUGAGCAGCUUUACGAUCAAAUAGUAUCUUUCCAAAAGAGCAUUGACUCAGCCAAGGAGACGAUGGACGCGAUAACAAAAGAGACGGAAGAGACGGAUGAGUUAGCAUUUCUGUUGUCAUACAAAGACAUUGAUAUAAGGUUAAAAACAGCUUUAGACUCAGUCAUGCCUCUAGAGCUUGGCCCACGAGGUUUGCUUGUAUUUGAAGAUUAUGCCAAAGGAACCACAGGAAAUGGGAAGAGAAACCGGGAAGUGAUUCCAGUGCCCCAGCAACCCCAUCUUCAGCCGCAGGAAGUUAAUUCUGCCACAAGCACCUCUGUCACUGUAUACUGGACAGUGAAUGAAGGAGACAUCAUUGACUGUUUUCAGGUCUACUGCAUGGAAGAACCUCAAGGAGCCAUUUCAGAGGAGUACAGAGUGACAGUGAAGGAGAGUCACUGUAAUCUGGAGGAGCUGGAGCCAGAUAAGUGCUAUAAAGUAUGGGUGAUGGCAGUGAACUACACUGGCUGUAGUCUGCCCAGUGAGAGACUUCCUUUUAGAACAGCCCCAUCUGUUCCAGUGAUUAACCCAGAAGCCUGCACAGUUUUGUGGGAAUCUGCUACAAUCCGCUGGAGCUUGUCUCAGCCCAGCGCUGCCGAGAACUUUACUCUAGAGUACUGCCGCCAAUACGCCUUGGAGGGAGAGGGCCUCAGGUCUGUGUCUGGGAUAAAAGGCUGUGAGCAUAAGGUCCUCCUUCAACCCAAUGAGAACUUCCUCUUUUACAUCAAAUCAGUGAACAGUGCAGGAGCCAGUGAUCAGAGCGAGGCAGCUCUUAUCUCUACACGAGGUACCAGGUUCCACUUACUGGGUGAAACAGCUAAUAUAGCGCUGAAGGUUUCUGAAGACAAGAGCUCUGUGCAGUAUCCUGUGGAAACCUACAAUAAGAUGUCCACACUUAUAGAAUGUCCAGCAGUUAGAGGCGAGCUUCUGCCGCGAGUUGGAUAUCAUUACUGGGAAACGGUGGUAACUGGCUGUAAAGCCUACCGCAUUGGUGUUGCCUAUCAGACAGAACCACAGGACAGCACAGUGGGUGACAGCAGCACCUCCUGGUGUCUGCACUGUGUACCCACCUCCAUCAGCUGUAGGUUCGAGCUACUUCACGACAGCGUGGAAUCGGACAUUUUUGUUACGGACGUUCCUGCUCGAAUUGGCGCUCUUCUGGACUUCAUACAGGGCCGCUUGCUCUUCUUCAACGCUCAGAAUGGCCAGUGUCUGGGCUCGUUCCAACAAGCCUUCAUCCAGCCCUGCUACCCCAUAUUCACCCUGGAGAGACCUGGGAAACUGGAGCUUAAGAUGACCACAGAGGUCCCAGAGUUUGCCAAGCAGUGGUAGCUCUAGGAUUUCUGGAGAAUCUGUCUUUAUUUUAUUUCCCUCGGGAUUGCAAUCCAUCAGACUUUUUAAAUGUGUCAUAUUUUUUAGUUAUUAAAAAAAAAAAGGACAUUUCAGGCUCAAAGGUUUAAACUGGAACUAACAAUAAUUUAAAUCCUUUAAAAAAAUAAGUAGAAGAAGAAACUCGAUUAUACUAGAAACUCACUUUUAUUUCCUUCCACACAAGUGGAAAGUGAGGCAUAGACCACAAAUGAUGUUCUAUACAGAUGAAUAAGCCACCAGAAAGGUGUGCAAAAUGUUUGCUGAUAAAUUACAGUAACUGCCCAUAAAACUAGUCACACACACACACACAUAUUACACAGGCAGGUACUGAGAAUGAGUUACAUACGUAAUACAGGACAGUAUUCUCUUAAAGUAAAGAUGUCAUUUAAAAGAAAAUCGCUAUUUGAAUGUGUUUUUCCAUUUUGUUUUGGUGGUUAAUGCGGGUUAUGGGUGUAUUGAUUUAUUUACUUUUUGUAAAUAUGGAAAUUGUGACUGCAUCAGGUAAUAACCAGUAAUAUAAUGUACUAAAAGAGAUAAAGAGUAAAGAAUGUAUACUAUGAGAAUACUCUGCUGGAGUAUAGUGCAGUAAUAUAUAGUAUAGUGUUAUCCUUAGUACAGUAGUGUGUACUUCACCCAGAUGUUGAGUAAAUGUUACUGCUGUGUUGACACAUGUUUACUUUUAUCACUUGUUAUCAUUUCCCUCUACUGUUCACAUCAUAGCUGACCAGUAGAUGCUGCUGUAAGUCUUGUGCAGUUUUCUGAUAUUUCAUUUAUUCUUUCCUUCUGCUCUGUUCAGGGGAAAACCUCUAUUUUUAUAGAUACAUUAAAUACAUAUCUUAUCAUUGUUAUUAUUAUAUUAAUCUCGGCCCUGAAUAAUUACAAUCUGUUGAUCUUUAUUGCUAUAGACAUCUGAUAGAGUGUCACUGAAGGUCAUGAAGUGAAAAGCACAUUAUUUGGCAUUUCAAGUAAAUUAUUUAAAUGCUAUUUAGCUUAUGGGUUCAACUUUAGUCAUAUUACUUUUUAAAAGCUCACUUCAGAUCAAGAAAGAAUCAUCUAUAUGCUAUACUGUCUGGGUUUUUUUUUCACUUUGUCUCUAUACAGUGAUUUAAUCAAAGAUGCCUUUAUAGUUUUACAGAAAACAAUGUCUAAAAUGUCAGUAUAUUUACAACAUACAAGACUUUUGUC